AUGGUGCAUAGCACUCCCAGGUAUAACACGCAGCCAAUGUGCCGCUAUUGCGGCAAGAUGGCAGGUCAACAAGAACCUCAGCAGCACCGAAGGCACCGAACUUUUCGGGAAAGAAGGGACGUCCUGCAGGAGUACAACGAUCACCAGCUGAUCGAGAGAUUUCGGCUUGAUCGAGCUUCUAUCCUGUACCUAACAGACCUUGUGAGGGGUGCUUUAAGGAGUCCUACUGCAAGAAACAAAGCCCUGUCCCCCAAGAUGAAGGUGGCAAUAACCUUACGGUAUUUGGAUACUGGGAAAAUGCAGUUGUGCAAUAGUGAUGACUUCGGUACAACCCAGUCUACCAUCAGCCGUGUCAUCAUGCAAACCCAUGAAGCGCUCACACAAGGGGACAUCUGCUGGAGGUUCGUCGGUUUCGCUUUCACUCAGCUGGAAGUACAGAGGAAGCAGGCAGAGUUCAUUAAAGUUGCAGGAUUUCCCGGUGUCGUCGGUGUUGUUGAUGGCACCAAUAUAAGAAUUAUUGCACCUCAAGAACAUGAAAUCGAGUACGUAAAUCGGAAGCGGUUUCAUAGCAUCAAUGUCCCGUUUGUAUUUGGUGCAACUUACAAGAUACUUGACAUUGUUGCAAAGUGGCCAGGCUCUGUGAAUGAUAUACGUGUAUGGAAUGAAUCUGGACUGAAGAAACUCCUCGAGAGGAACAUCGUGCCAGCUGGAUGCCAUCUCUUGGGUGACAGUGCUUAUGCCAUGAAGCGCUGGCUAUUGACACCUUACCUGCACUUACAACCUGGUUCACAGUCUAGAUAUAUCCGGUAG